GGGGGUGUCCCCGCUCUUUCUUGCCCCGCCAGUGCCCCAGCACAGCCCGCUCGCGGAGUUGUCCCUCGUAGUACCCAGGGGUCCAGGCCCCUCUGUGGGGGGCGGCUACAGGCCUGUCCCCCCGCCUGGGACCGCAGUCGCAGAGGCCGCUGGAGAGGCCUAGGCCGAAAGCGGCGGCCUUUGAGGAGGGCAUCAGGGAGGCACUAGCCCCUUCUCGGACUCCUGGCGAGAGAGCUGGCGGUCACCAUGGCAAUGCGGGAGCUGGUGGAGGCCGAAUGCGGGGGUGCCAACCCGCUCAUGAAGCUGGCCGGCCACUUUACCCAGGACAAGGCCCUUCGGCAGGAGGGGUUGAGGCCUGGCCCUUGGCCCCCGGGAACCCCAGCCUCUGAGGCGGUCUCUAAGCCAUUAGGAGUAGCCUCUGAAGAUGAGUUGGUGGCUGAAUUCCUCCAGGACCACAAUGUACCACUUGUAUCCCGUGCCCCUCAGACCUUCAAAAUGGAUGACCUCCUGGCAGAGAUGCAGGAGAUUGAACAGUCAAACUUCCGCCAGGCACCCCAGAGAGCCCCUGCUGUCGCAGACUUGGCCUUGUCUGAGAACUGGGCCCAGGAGUUUCUUGCAGCUGGAGAUGCUGUGGAUGUAACUCAGGAUUAUAAUGAGACUGACUGGUCCCAAGAAUUCAUCUCUGAAGUUACAGACCCUUUGUCUGUGUCCCCUGCCCGCUGGGCUGAGGAAUAUCUGGAACAGUCAGAGGAGAAGCUGUGGCUGGGAGAGCCUGAGGGAACAGCUGCCAGUGAUCGCUGGAAUGAUGAAUAUCAUCCAGAGGAGGAUCUGCAGCAUACAGCCAGUGACUUUGUGGCCAAGGUGGAUGACCCCAAAUUGGCUAACUCUGAGUUCCUGAAAUUCGUGCGGCAGAUUGGCGAGGGCCAGGUGUCCCUGGAGUCCGGUGCAGGGUCGGGCCGAGCUCAGGCAGAACAGUGGGCAGCAGAGUUUAUACAGCAGCAGGGUACAUCAGAUGCUUGGGUUGACCAGUUCACAAGACCAGUAAACACAUCUGCCCUUGAUAUGGAGUUUGAACGAGCCAAGUCAGCUAUAGAGUCUGAUGUUGAUUUCUGGGACAAGUUGCAGGCAGAGUUGGAGGAGAUGGCAAAACGGGAUGCUGAGGCUCACCCCUGGCUUUCUGACUAUGAUGAUCUCAUGUCUGCUUCCUAUGAUAAGGGGUACCAGUUUGAGGAGGAGAACCCCCUGCGUGACCACCCCCAGCCUUUCGAGGAAGGGCUGCGGCGACUGCAGGAGGGGGACCUGCCGAAUGCUGUGCUGCUCUUUGAGGCAGCUGUGCAGCAAGAUCCUAAGCACAUGGAAGCUUGGCAGUAUCUGGGUACCACCCAGGCAGAGAAUGAACAAGAACUGUUAGCCAUCAGCGCGCUGCGGAAGUGUCUGGAGCUAAAGCCAGAUAACCGGACGGCACUGAUGGCGCUGGCUGUAAGCUUCACCAACGAAUCCCUGCAGCGGCAGGCCUGUGAAACUCUGCGAGACUGGCUGCGCUACACACCAGCCUAUGCCCAUCUGGUGGUGCCUGGUGAAGAAGGGGCUGGAGGGGUAGCGCUGGGCCACAGCAAGCGCGUCCUGGGAUCUCUGUUGUCUGACUCCCUGUUUCUUGAAGUGAAGGAGCUCUUCCUGGCAGCUGUGCGCCUGGAUCCUACAUCCAUUGACCCUGAUGUGCAGUGUGGCUUGGGAGUCCUUUUCAACCUGAGUGGGGAGUAUGACAAGGCAGUGGACUGUUUCACGGCUGCUCUCAGCGUUCGUCCCGAUGACUAUUUGCUGUGGAAUAAGCUAGGGGCCACCUUGGCCAAUGGAAACCAGAGUGAAGAAGCCGUAGCUGCAUACCGCCGGGCCCUUGAGCUACAGCCUGGCUAUAUACGCUCCCGCUAUAACCUGGGCAUCAGCUGUAUCAACCUUGGGGCUCACCGGGAGGCUGUGGAACACUUUUUGGAGGCCCUGAACAUGCAGAGGAAAAGCCGGGGCCCUCAGGGUGAAGGGGGUGCCAUGUCAGAGAACAUCUGGAGCACCCUGCGAUUGUCAUUGUCUAUGUUAGGCCAGAGCGAUGCCUAUGGGGCAGCUGAUGCCCGGGAUCUGUCCACCCUCCUAGCUAUGUUUGGCCUGCCCCAGUGACAGUGGGAUGGACUGCCCUGUGAGUGUCCACCUGGAGGGGUCCCUGCUCUGGAUGUGACUCCCUCUCCCCAGUUGGGCCUACCAAGGGGGUGGGCUGAUGACCACAAGCAGUGUGGCCUCUCAGGAGCUGCCUCAAUGUAGGGGUGGGUAAUCUGUGUUCUAGUUCUUACAUAAUUGUAGGAAAAUGAGCUGUGUUGUCUGAGUCCCUUGGUAAUUCAAGGGCUGUACAUCCAGCCACAGAUCUCUCUGUUCAUCAUGCCCUUUCUUGGUGCUGCUUUUUGGGUAGGACCUGAAGAUAGGGAGCAACUUGUUAUCAGCUGCUGUUUCUGAUAGGGUCUACCACAUUUGUAAUGUCUGUCCUUUACUACACUGAUACUGGGAAUUGAUAAUAGUACAGCUUUGUUGAGCAGUUGUAUGCAGGAGGUGGUUCUUCCUUGCACCUCUGUGGUGACGACCUACAAGAGAUGUCUUAGAAGUUGGCCUCUUUGAUUUAAGUGUUGAUUUGGCUCAGUAGAGCUGAGUUUUGAUAGGGACGCUCAGAGUUCUGUCAUUCUUGGACCUCUCCUGGCUGUAGCUCAGAUUCCUUACGUAUGAUGCUGCAUGCAGUAAGGCUAGCAUCUCUCUUGUAGGGGUCCUCAGGAGCUGCUGGGGUCAGUUGCUACAGAGUUUCUGGGUGUGGGGUAGGAGGAAGGCUCAUUUGUGGAAUGAGCCUAGAAGGAACCAGAUGGGAUCAGAUCAAGGGCUCUGUUUUGGGGCCUUUGGUAGGAGGACAGAGAAAGUGGGCCAAGGGAUGUGUGAGUUCAGCAAACCCUCCUCCUCUUAGAAAGACUUGCAAAUAGGAACUGAGCUAGCUCUUCUAGAAAGCUGGUUCAGAAAUUGCAAUCUUGCCAAAUUCCUAGCAAAGAGGGGGUUCAGUGUUACCAUAAGCCUUUGCUGUACUUCCUGAAAUGUUUUUAGGGGAGAAUGUUGAAAAAUCCCCUUCCCCCAUAUUACCUCCAUAAGGUGAAGAUUGAGGGAAGAAGGGAGAGCAGUUUGGCUGCUUCUCCACUUUCCCCUGUGUGGGAGAUACAGACUCCCAGAGACGACUGCAAAGCCGCUUGCCUUGCCUUCAGUAGCUAAUGAUCAGAGAGAUUUUUUUUUAAAUUACCAUGAUCCCAAGCUUCCAUCCUGAAAUUUAUUUUUCUUUGUAUGAAUAUGUGUAAAUGAUUUAAGAAUAAAACUGUAAAAUAUUUGUAUGAAGAAUAAACGGAACUGAUGUGGA